AAACAAUAAUCCGACCAAUCACCGGUAUUAAAAGAAAUGUCCAUUUGGACAAUUUACAGGAAUGCCAAAACAAUGCCGGUAAAGCUUGACCCACCACCUCCUGCGAACAGCAACCUCCCUGGAAUAACUACCAGUCUAUUGUACAAUGGAUCAAGGUUUCAGGGACACCAAAAAAGCAAAGGCAAUUGCUAUGAUGUAGAAGUUAUUUUACAGUAUGUUGAUAUGGACAAUUCUUACCUUUGUGGUUAUUUGAAGAUAAACGGCCUAACAGAGGAAUACCCAACAUUGACAACAUUCUUUGAAGGGGAGAUAAUCAGUAAGAAACAUCCAUUUCUGACCAGGAAAUGGGAAGCUGAUGAAGAAGUCGACAGAAAACAUUGGGGGAAGUUUUUAUCUUUUUAUCCAUUUGCCAAGAAUUUUAACUCUGAUUCUUUUGAUUAUGAAGAAUUAAACAACACAGAUUUUGUGUUUAUGAGAUGGAAGGAACAUUUUUUGGUUCCAGACCAUACAGUAAAAGACAUAACUGGUGCAUCAUUUGCUGGCUUUUAUUAUAUUUGUUUCCAAAAAUCUCUGGCAUCCAUUGAAGGAUACUAUUAUCACAGAAGUUCUGAAUGGUUUCAGUCCCUGAACUUAACUCAUGUUCCAGACCACAGUAUACCAGUCUACCAGUUCCGAUGAUAAUCUUUUGAACAUGUUGUAAAUUGUUCAUUUAAUUUAAUUUAAUGUAAGGGGGACAUGGCAUAGUAAAUGCACAUGUUAAACAUGUUAUAUGAACAUGUUUUGUUAAUUUUUGCAAAAAAAGUUUAACACUAUGAGAAGUGCUAUUAUAUGUAUAUAAUUAACAUGCAACCUUU